CGCGGGAACGCAUCUCGCUUCAAGAUGUGAUGUUCCGGCUUGAUUGAUACCUGAGAUCCUGUUCUGAAAAAAAUAACAAUUGUCUGAGAAUGGACGGGAAUACUUUCGCAGCAUGUUCGGCUUAUUUUAUCCUGUUUUUGUUCACCGCGCCCACUUUGGGUGAUUCUGAAAUCGAUGGAUUUGAAAUAGUCGUUGUGCACCAUCCUGAUUCCUGCUCUAAAAUACCAGAUAAUGGGGACAUAGUGAGAUUCGAGUAUAAUGCUUCGCUACCCGAUGGAACGAUCUUCGAUGCAUCCUAUAUAUGGGGCGAAGAAUUUGAAUAUAUCCAUGGCAACGAAGAAACUCAUCUUUUGGCAGGAUGGGUUAAAGGAGUAGAACACAUGUGUGCCGGAGAACAUAGACGAAUCUUCAUACCACCAUUCCUUGGAUAUGGUCGGAAAGGCUCACCUCCAUUGAUACCAGCGAAUUCCUCUUUGAUAUUCGAUGUUAAACUUACCAACGUGCUGAAAGGUGAUAUUGAUGAUAACACCCAAUCGCCCCAGCCUCCGUCACCGAACUAUGAAGCGCUGCAAUUUCUGGCCAUUCCAUUUGCAGUUAUUGUGUUUGUUCUAGUCGCUGUAUGUCUUUACUCGUAUGAAUACAGAGACAGAGGGAUUAAAUGGUAUCGAGUUGGACAGGCCGUUUAAGUAAUAUCAAGACAAAUGCACAGCCUGUACUGCACUUAUAUGACACUGUUUACUAUAUAUAUAAUGUUAAUA